GCGAUAUGCAAAAACCCGGGCCACACCGAGUGACAAUUCUGGUAUAUAAUCCAAAGACUGAAUCACCGAAAAGGCACAGUUUCAUUUGAACUAUCACAGCCCCAACAUGAAGAUUUUCCUUUUCGCUGCUCUUCUUGCCGUUGCUGCCGCUGGUGGAGCAUACCGAAAGGAUCCCUACGCCAAGGAUGGUUACCAGUCGAUGAACUACGGUCAGGGCUACAAAAAAGACAACAAGCAAGACUACAGCAUGGAUUACAAUCAAAACAAGAAAGGUUAUUCUACCCCCGACUAUUAUCAGGUUCCAACACCCUACGACUUCGCCUACAAAGUAACGGAUGAAGCUUCAUACAAUGACUUCGGCCACCAAGAGUCUGGUGACGGCUAUGGAAACGUUAAAGGAUCCUACUUCGUCUAUCUUCCCGACGGCACUACUCAGACUGUCAAUUAUAAAGCCGAUUCUUACGGAUACGUCGCUGACGUGCAAUAUACCGGAGAACCCAAGUACGGCGACAACUACGCCCCUGCUCCAUACAAGGGUGCUCCUUCUUACCCUCGACCAACCCCUUCAUACAAGGCUGUUCCUUCUUACCCUCCACCCACUCCUUCAUACAAGGCUGCUCCUUCUUAUCCCCCACCCACACCCUCAUACAAGCCUCAAUACCCACCAACCUACCCAACUACUCCGUACAUGAUGGAUAAAUACCCAGCUCCAUCUACCUAUCCAAUGCCACCUAACAAAAAUAUUUACGAAAAAACAAAACGCUACUAAUCCAGUGCUUAACUAUGCCGUGCCAUGCCGACGACCAAUUCUUGUAGAACAACAUAUUUUAUCUUUAAUUAUUUGAUUACAGAAUAAAUGAAUAAAAAGGAGA